AAAAUGGAAAUCUGUGAGUGUGGAGUCUAGCAUAUGCUUUUCUUAGCGACCAAGGUUGUCACACAUCGACUUUGGAGUCUUGGAGAGAUCCAGAGAGAAUAUAUUUAGAGGGCGUUGUGGUGGGUUGUGUUUGGGAAUCGAGAAAGAGUGAGAAAAGAUGGACAGAGGAAGAGGGAGAAUGCUGCCGCUGCUGGCGCUUCACGCGGCGAGCGAGUAUUACAGGCUCCCGUGGAAGCCUCCUGUCACCGCCGGCCUUCUCGCCGCCAAUACUCUCAUUUAUUUGAGGCCUGCCUUUCUCCGCAACAUCAUCCCUCCUAUCGACGAGGUUUGGUUCAAUGCCCAUCUCAUCCUCAAGCACAGGGACCUGAAGCGUUUCUUCUUGUCGGCAUUCUACCAUAUGGGUGAAUCUCACUUGGUCUAUAACAUGAUGUCACUCUUAUGGAAGGGGAUCCAGUUGGAAACUUCAAUGGGGAGUGCAGAAUUUGCCUCUAUGGUUGCUGCUCUUCUUGGUAUGUCCCAGGGAAUCACACUAGUAUUAGCAAAAUCCCUUCUCUUGUUCUUCGACUAUGAGAGACCUUACUACUCAGAGUAUGCUGUUGGAUUUUCUGGUGUCCUCUUUGCCAUGAAAGUUGUUCUUAAUUCUCAGUCAGAAAACUACACUGAUGUCCAUGGAAUACUAAUUGUGCCAACACGUUAUGCUGCAUGGGCGGAGUUGAUUCUCAUCCAACUGUUUGUUCCUGGUGUCUCCUUCCUCGGCCACCUGGGUGGAAUACUCGCCGGGAUUCUCUAUCUGCGGCUGAAAGGUACAUAUUCAGGUGUAGACCCACUGACUCUACUCUUCAGAGGUAUUUCUAGCGCAUUGCGCUGGCCCAUGAGGAUUGUCCGGAACCUGUUUCGGUCCCCUACAAGGCGGAUUUCUGGCAGGGGAACGAGUCGCAGAGCAAGGUCUGUGUCUGAUAGGUGGAGAUGCCAAGCAUGUACGUAUGACAAUUCUGGUUUGUCAAGCAUUUGUGAGAUGUGUGGUUCCAAUCGAAAUGACAAUGGAUUUUCUCCCCGUCAGUUGCACCGUUCUCAUGACCUUCCUUUGGAUGAAUUACGUCGUCGGAGAAUCGAAAGAUUUGGGAGAUGAUAUGAUCAGUCCAUUGAUUGUUUUAGCAUAUAAUCAAGCCCCUCCUGCUUAUCAAACUCAGGAACUCAGAAGAUUCAAUUCAAGAAAGCUGAUAUCUUUGGGAAUACAUGAUUUAUAUACGUAAUUACAUGAACUUAGCAACCUUCAUCACCCCAUCAUAUUUCUUGAUUUGUAGCGGAUUAUAUAUAUUUUGUUGUGAAUAAGCCAAUUUAUUUCUGCUGGUUUCUAGUCGUGUUUGUUUGAUACUAAUCCAUGAUUAACUUGGCCAGUGCAAGAGGAGGUGGAAAUUGCUUUUGGUGUUUAGAUUUUGGAUCAAGAUCAGAAUUGUACUGAUCAGAAUUGUUAAU